CAGCACGAAAUCGUAUUGGAAGUUAUGGACGAGACGGAUCUCAAUUCAGCGAUAGGACACCAAGAAGUCAACGUGAUAAUGUUGUGUAUUGGCGUCAAUGACCCACAAGGAGUCACCAGAAUGGAACUGUGGGUCCAUAAGGUCUGUAUAUUUCCUUUAUUUAAUUGUAAUUUUUUUUUAAAUCUCCGUGUGUCAAAAAGAGUUAAGGAAAGAAUAAACUAUUUUAAGCAAAUCUACCAUUUAAAUAAUCACUAGAUAAUGUUAAAGUGAAAAAAAAAAUGGUGGUUCAUGUAAUUCAAUGUAAAUUGUAUUUCAAGAGAAUCGCACGUAUCAAGCAAGCAUUUGGAUUUAUUUUAAAAUUUGAAAAUAAAAAUUAUGAAAAAAUGGUCACUGUAGCCAAGUGGUUCUCAACCUCCCCAGUGCCGCGACCCUUUAAUACAGUUCCUCAUGUUGUGGUGAGCGCCCAACGAUAAAAUUAUUUUCGUUUCUUCUCCAUAACUGUAGAAUAUAUGUGUUUUCAAGUGAUCCCAGGCGACCCCUGGGAAAGAGUCGUUAGAUCCCCAAAGGUUGAGAACCGCUCCUGUAGCCUAACCAUUUUUUUAAUACAUUUAAAUACAUUGAAAUAUUACAUUGACAUAUUUUAAAUCGUACAUUAAAAUAUAUCAAAACUUAAAUUGAUAUAUUUAAACUCGUAAAUUGAAAUAUCAGAAGUCUUACAUUGACAAUACUUGAACUGUUACAUCGAAAUGCAAAAUCUGAAUUAAAACCAGGGGCCAGAAUGAUCAACAAAUUGAUCGUGGGCCACUCAAAUAUAAGAAGAAGAAGAAGAAGUAAUAUUUUUUGGUGAUUAUCACAAAUAUUAUUUUUAAGAGUGAUGUUUUUUAUUUCAGCUGAAAACUCUGUUCACCAACUCACGUCUCAUUUUAGUGGGGACCAAAUGUGACCUAGGGAGAGCGCCAAACUCUUCAGCGCUGGCCAGAGCUUAUGAUAGAACCAUGGCUGACAGGUAAGUAAUUGACUGGAAACGACUAAUCGAUACAUGAGACACGACCGUUAAGUUGAAUCCUAAGUCUGUCAGACGUUUUUCUUAAGAAAUCUGUACAAAGUCUAAUUUACUUUUCUUUUAAGGUCAAAUGUUUUUUUUUUAAAUUUUUUUAAAAAUGUGAUCUUUUAAUCAAAGUCUAACCUACUGUUAUUUACACAGACGGCUUGUGUGUUUAUCUUAUUUAAGCUUGAUCACAGUUAAACCCUCUUUUAAAUAGUUCAUAUCUAUCUAGGUCAAUCAGAUUCCAUAAGCCGGAUCGAUUUUAUAAACAUGUGUGUCCAAUAAAUAGGAAUACAUAAAUUCUUCGACAUACCAUAAAAUAUCUAUAAGAAUAUGGGUUUUUUUAGAGGGUGCGAAUUUCCCCAAAAUCUUGGGAAUUCACUACCCUAUUCAGGACCAAAACUCAAUUAUUUUUUUUUAAAUUCCCAAGAUUAAAAAAAAAACAACUCUUAUAUAUUUUCAUGAUCUUGGGAAAUCUUGGGAAAUAUUUUGACAAAAUCUCGGGAAGUAUAAAGCAAUUGAGUGGUAGCCCUGUGCGGGUGGCUUCUGAGAUUACUUUAAAAGACAAAGAUAGAAAGAACACAAGUUAAGGGUAAACUAUGGAAAAGGAAACAUGAAAAAAAAAACAAAAAAAAGACAACGAAAGUUUCGGUCAAAAGCCUUUCACCAGAGAAAAUGACAAAUGAAAUCAACAGAACUCCUUGGAUUUGGAGCAGAGCGAAGUCUGAGUGGAAACUGUCACAUGAUAAAGAACAGAGAAGGUUUUCUUUGUGGGCAUGGAACCUAUCAAUCAUCAAACUUCAUUAACUAUUUUGUGGGCAUGGAACCAAUCAAUCAUCAAACUUCAUUAACUAUUUUGUGGGCAUGGAACCUAUCAAUCAUCAAACUUCAUUAACUAUUUUGUGGGCAUGGAACCAAUCAAUCAUCAAACUUCAUUAACUAUUUUGUGGGCAUGGAACCUAUCAAUCAUCAAACUUCAUUAACUAUUUUGUGGGCAUGGAACCUAUCAAUCAUCAAACUUCAUUAACUAUUUUGAAGGUUUCCAAAUCUACACAAAAAAAAAAAUUAUAAUAAUAAAUUACUGUUUUGAUAACGCCUAACUCUAAAAAGAAAAUCCCAACUCUGAAGAUGACUUAUUCUACUAGCUUUUCAUUAUUUUACAUGUGUAUUAUAAUGUAUUUCAGCCUAAGACUUUCAACUCGAUUCAAAUAGACUGAAUGCCCCAUUACAUUUCUAUGUUCAAGGGAAAUGAAAAAAAAAGUCAUUUUUAAAUAAGUAUUUUAAAUAAUGAUAUUAAUUUUUUACAGUAGAAAUGACGGUUAUGCUCUUUUUAAAAGGAAUGUUUUGGUAACAUUAUGUUCAUGUUUUUUAAAACAUUUAUUCAAGAUAUCGCAAACCCUCCUAUUUUUUAAAAAAUCAUAUAAGAUCUGGCAAAGUAUAAUAACAACAAAAGGAUAUUUCUUGACUUUAAAAAAAUAUGAAUGUAUCAAUAAAACAAAAUACAUGAGUGUCAACGCUAUCUCUGCCUGGUUAUUGGGUUGAAGACCACAAUCAGUCAUGUACCAACAUACCACUAACAAAUGGAAACCUUAAAAGCGUCCUUUAAUUAUUUUGUUAAAUAAUAAGCAACUGUAACGGCAUUUCUACUAUAAAGUAGUCUUGAUGAACACACAAACAAAAAAUCACCCUGAUUUAUAUCACGUAGCGUUGUUUAGAGGUCUUUAGAGACAGAUUAAAAGGAACCAAUUGAAUCUUUGAUACACUGUUGCUCCACAGUCAGAGAACCUCUGCCUACGUCGAAUGCUCGGCACGAACGCAAUAUGGAAUCUCCGAUCUUGUCAAGGCUGUCCUUGAACCCGCAGUCACCAAUGUGACACCCACCUUUGCCAGCAAGGUCAUGGACCUGUGUUUAAUACAGUAGCCGUUAUCUGAAACGGCUCGGCUCAUUCUUGUGCUCAGAUUCAAGUGGGCCUACACAAGACUUCGAUUUUAUUGAUUAUUUUAAUAUGACUAAAGAAAAAAAAAAUCUACUACUGAGACGUUCAUGCUGUCAUCGUCAUCAGCUCUCUGUGUGGCUGGAGCUUGAGACUCGUGUUUAGGUUCUCCGUUGUCAGUGUAUUGGAAAGUAUCUAAUUAUCAAAUUAUGACACAAGCCGAAUGCCAACCCGUCCUCAACAACCAUCUAAAAACAUGGCUCUAAAUUGUUGGCACAAGUAAUUGACGAAUAAGUCAUGAAAAACUUAGAGGAUGUUUUCGAAGACUUGAGUUUUUUAAAAUAAUUUUUUAAAUCAAACAAAAUUGCAGUAAAUAAAAUAGUAGAGUUGUAUAAUUUCCUAGCACAAAGACAUAUACGAAGUAGUAGACUUCUGCUAUGUGAAUUAUUCCAAAAUUCAAGUAUAUUCAAGACAAUUGACAAAGUUGAAUAUUUUUAUCUCAUUCUUCACAAAGCCAAGAACUAUAAAGUAGUGGCAUCGUCAAUAUUACCAUAUGAGAGAUGAACUCGGUGAAGUUCAUGAACUUUUGUAUCUGAAACAAAAAC